GGCUGAAAGGUCUGAGCCAAUCACAUUUCUCCUUUUAUGAACGUGUCCAGCAGCCCUGUGACAUUCGCUGUACCUAUGUCUUUGUGAACUGUAUAAAUAUCUGAAAAUGAAUAUUAUACUGUCAUCGUUUCACCGACUACGUGGAAUAACCCAUUUCAGCAGCAUCCCUGCAGCAGGACUUGCAGUAACUGGCAGCUCUCACCUUAGAUUACUCAGCAAUUGGAUUGUGCCCAGAGCAACUGCAGGACCACAGAUUUUCAGAUGUGGGGUACUUUCUUCACAAGCAGAAGGUUCGGGAGUGUUCCAGCAGCUUCCAUGGCAAUACCAGCAGGUACGAACCAAAAAAAGAGGUCUGGAGUAUCAGCCCAAGAACAUCAAGCGCAAGAGGACCCAUGGAUGGAUCAAAAGGAUGAGAUCACAGAGUGGCAUUGAAGUGAUUCUACGGCGCAUCUUGAAGGGACGGAAAUCACUUUCACACUGAAGGUUCUUGUUGGAAAAGUGAUUAAGACUUUGGAUAUUGGUUCUGAAGCACUGGAGCUGCUCAGCAAAUGGGGAAAAAACAUAAAUUUGGUUGAGGUUGGCAUUUCCAUUGCAUUGACCAGUUUUUUUUUUUUUGACAAACUAGUUGCAUUUGUCUUGUUUAAUAAGCCCAAUAGUUUGACUCAGUUUUUUAAUGGGGCUUGAUUUCAUAUAUAUUAAAUAUUACUCAACAUCUCUAUAAACCUUUGGCCAUAGUCAUUAAAUGUUACCUUGUUUUGCAGGUAAUAAAAACUGUCUCACAGAUAAAAUUGUGUCUUUAA